UCAGGAGUUUGCCUCUUCUACUUCAUUUCAUGGAGUGCAUAAUAUUGUUCAAACACAGAGCAAGACUCGCAAAGUGCUGUGGCUGUUAGUAGUCAUGGGCUGUCUUGCCAUCGUUAUGUGGCAAAUCUGCAGUCGCUUCAUCUACUACUUCAGCUGGCCAACCACAACUACAGUGGUAGUUCAGUAUGUGGAAAACGUCAAGUUCCCUGCUGUGACUUUUUGCAACUUGAACAGGUUUCAAGCUCAUGCAGUAAGCAACCUCAAAAUAAUUUUUUUAAUUUGGAAUAUUGUGUCUGGAGUUCUCCACAAAUUUGCUAUGGAAGAUAAAUAUGCUCAAGAGCUAAAUGAUUUCCUUCUUGGGAACCAGAACUUCAGCAUCAAAGAGUUUACAAGGAAAAAUGGGUUUUAUCUGAACAGCAGCACAUUGCUAGAAUGUGAGUUUUUUGGAAAGCCAUGUUACCCACAGGAUUUUGAACAUGUUUUCACUGAAUACGGGAACUGCUUUACUUUUAAUCGCAAUGAUCUUCCAGCAAGAAGAGUGAGUUUGUCUGGAAGAGGCUUACAUUUGCUUUUUGAUGUCCAACAGGAACAAUUCACUGAUGGACCUGCUCUUGGUUAUACUGAUGCUGGCAUAACUUUUGUUAUUCAUUCCCCUGAAGAGCUUCCACGCUUUGAUGGUUUAGGUUUAUUAACAUCGGUCGGCAUGCAUGCACAGGUCUCAAUCCGCCAGCUGAAGUCAAUUAUCCAAGAAUACCCAUGGGGAGAGUGCAAGCCUGAUAUAAAGCUUCAGUACCACAAGAUAUAUAGUACUAAUGGAUGUUUGCAGGAAUGCAAAGCCCGGUACAUACAGGACUGGUGUGGCUGUUUACCAUUCAUUCUUCCAGGAAAUGGAACAGAAUGUGAUUUGCUGAAGUUUUACAAUUGUGUUUAUCCAGCAAUCUAUGAUAUAGAGAUAAAAGGAUUAUGUACAAUAGGAACCCACAAUUCCACUUGCCCUGCCCCAUGUGAAGAAACGGAUUAUCCUACCACUGUCACCUACUCAAGCUUUGGAGGAGAAAAAGCCAUAAAAUAUUUUUCUGCAAAACUGAAGAAAAGCCCAGAAUACAUCAGGCAGAACCUUGUGCGUAUUGACAUUAAAUAUCAUGAUCUGAGCUACAAAAUAACACAGCAGCAAAAGGCCUUGACUAUAUCCGAGUUGCUUGCCGAUGUAGGUGGCCAGCUUGGAUUGUUUUGUGGUGCCAGUAUGAUUACAAUCAUAGAACUGCUCGAGUAUAUUUUUACUAACUUCUGCUGGAUGUGCAUCUUUCUUCUAUUGAAAGCUCCUGAAAUGCCUCAGUGGAACAAUCUUUCUCAGAAUCAACCAACACACAAGGAAAAAAAGGGAAUACAAGAAUGUUAGUGGCUUGUAGAAGCACAAAUGAAUUAUUUCUGCAACUUCCCUUCCUUUUUAAGAUACAAAACCAACAAUAAUAUUUUGCAUUGCUCCCUUCCCUGCACUCCUUAUUCUUCCUGUUUCUUUUGUUGCCUAGAACUAUUUAACUGUGCUACUUUAAAGAGUGAACUUUGGAAAGUCUCUCUUUCUUAUGUAAAGAAAAAUGUAAUCUUUACCCAAAAUUUUAUUUUAAAGAAUUACCAAUUCUUUUAAAUAGCAUAACAAGUGAUACUGACAUACGAUGCAAUUUAGAAUUUCUGACCCAGCUUUAUCUUCUGUAUUCUGAGUGAGGAGAAAUAACACACAUGCCAAAUUAACACACACGAGUUUCUUAACUGACAUAAAGGUGGAGAAUUUCUAUGCUGAAAAAGCAGAUUCCUUAUCAACGACAAUGUCUUUGCUCAUAGGUUACCACUGUUACAUGUUCCAAUAAAGGAUAUUGUAGCUUUGCCUAUCAGAAUUAGGAGUGUGCUUCUACAGCCUAUUAUCUGUUGCCUGAAAUGCAUUUAAAAAAAAAAAAAGAAAAAAUCUCAUGAGACUGCCAAGUACUAUAUAGAGAACUGUAGGGCAUCUGAGCGGAUGACAAGUGGGCAAACAUAGGCAAAGUUCUGCAUUUAAUGUCAUGAAAGAUGAUAGCAAAGACUAAAGGCUUCAUCUAAGUCUUACUAAAAAUCAGUGAGUAAGAAUUUUGUGGCUUUGGUGCUGAAACAGGCUUCCUGAACAUUUAUUCCUUUAGAAGUGUUCAGAAAAGCUCUGUGCUUUCCUACACCUGUGUGGGCCUAUGGAACAGUAGUGGCUUAGAGCCAUAUGGUUGUAGAAAAGACUUUGGUGAUUGAAUACAACUUCCAAAGAUGUGUAAUAGUGUAGUGCAUACAGACACUCUCCCCGCCCCAUGCACACUAAAGCUCAUAGAACAAGAGGUGUGCACUGGAGGGGGGUGUUGUGUUCUUUUUAAGUAUGUCUUAGUAAACAGCAUAAUCAUUUUAAAAUGUGAGAGUUAAUAGGAUAGGAUGAUUUCACUUUAUACAAUUAAAAUAUACAGUGUAUCUUUACUACAUUUUUUUUCUCUACAAUAGUUCUCUGAAUACAGUUCUGAACAAAUCCAUGCUUGCCCUUGGUAGUCAUGAUAGUCUCUUGCCAAAUUCUAUCUAUCAGAGCUUAUGAUGCUUUUGGAGCCUGGAUGGAAACCCUUUAGGAGAGGUAGAUGCAAAAGAGUCUUGUAAAAGAUGCACCCAAGACUAAUUUUAAGACUACAUGAUAAAGGAUUAUCCUGAUUUGAAGCAUUGGCUUCUAUUCAAUUAACUAUACAUGAUAGUAAUAGAUAACUGUUUAUCUGAAAACUUAGAGACAGUUGUCUAGACCUAAGAAUAGCACCAUGUCGACUUUGCUGAUCAAAACAUACCCACAUUAGAAAGUUUACGAAGGCUACAACAUUAUACCUUCUGAACCACUGCCCCCCCAAUAAGCGCCAGGGCUCUGCAACCCUCAAACUGCCCAGGAGCAUGUCUCUGUGCUCUUAAGUAACGUCAAUGCCGUGCCUGAAACUCCAGGUGAGCAAGCAGCCAUAGCCAUGCCCUAUAAUUCACACUAUUCUUCCAUACCACCUGCUCAAAUUCAGCGACUAAUAAUAAAUCAGUUUCUACAAAGGAAGUAGUAACUGUACUUAAUAAGCAGCCAAGUCCUUAAAGUUAGAUAUAAAGUAAUGAAAAGGCUACCAUAUGGCCAUCAUUAGCAACAGUUUCCCUUCAACAUAAACCCUAGGAUAUGCAAUUCAGGAAAUACAGGAAAUGUUUUUGCUUCAUCGAAAGAUGCCUUGAUUUUACUCCUCAGUAACAGCAGGCUUGAGAGACCUCAAGGUUAACUUAAAGAUUUUUUUUAUUGGUCAUCUCUGCUGGGACUUUCCCCCCCUCACUAUUACCAAGCACACGCACACUUGGAACAGCAGCCAUACAAAAAGGUCUAUCUCACCCCACUGUCCAAGGUGUGUAUUGGCCAAAGCAGAGGAAGAAUGGAAAGAAUGGAGCAAACAUACUGCAAUAUUUCUCUAAAGAUUUCUCCCAGCCUCAAACAGUUUGUAGCUGUGGAAUUCUUGAGCCAGAAGAAAUUCUAUUUUUGGAAGUAGGAAUCAGGUAUUAUCUGGCUUCUGGAUAAAAAGAAAAGCAGGGGAAAGAUUAAAUAUAGUAAUCUAGCACGUGUCAUAUUUCAGAGAUCAAAGUGUUUUGUAGCUAUCAAUCACAAUGAUGGGUUUUUUGGUUUGCUUCUACUAACAAGGAUUAAAUAAAAAUUAGUAUUGUAAGGACUAAACAAAAGAAAACGGAUAUUGUUUCUGCUGUGCUGAAAGUUCAAGUGCAAUAAAGCACAGAACAUGCUAAAGAAUCAGCAAAAAACCUCCACAGUUCUCACAGAGGGAAGGUACUUGCAUCUUUGCUUAGUUUAACAAAACUAAAAUGACUCUUGCUUACUCCGCUGUCUUCGGACAAGGACAGCUGAAAUCACUGCUUGGUUACAGAUUCUUCUAACACAUGUGGCAGAAGGAGCUCUGAAGAAAGCACGAAGGCUGGUGUUUUGCCCAAGGUCAAGUGACAGACUAAGAUGAGUUUUUUCAGCAAUGGCUUGUGAUGAGAUUAUAUAAGGAAAUUGAUUCCCCAGCAUAGCUAAAUAUAGCAACUGUGCUGUGCAGCAGAGCAGAAGUAAGGGUGCUUUUGUAUUUUGAUCUAUGUCUAUUAUUCUAUUAAGGCAACAGAAUUUUAAAGUUUUAAGAAAAUAUUUGUCUUACUGGAUAGGUAAAUCUAUUUAUAGAUCUAUAUCUAUAAGUGCAGCAGAAGCAAGGUAUUUUAACAGUUUGAUCAGAUCAUCUCCCAUUUUAGCAUUACUUCACUGCUUAUUUGUUUGCUUUUCUUUUUCACAAGUGCACGUCCAUGCUCCACGGACAGAUAUCAGCAAGCUUUUCUCAUGCUAAUUGUUUGAUUCUAAAAUGUUAAUCUUAACAACAAAACUAGUGACAUGAUUGGGAAAACCCCCUUGGGCUCCUUCCAACUCCUUGUCUGAUGCGUACAAAGAGAUGCAACACAGAAUUUUGUAGCUAGAAACACAUCAGCCUGAAGAUGACACCCUCCAACUGGCCCAAAGUAGUUAGUGUUGCACAACAAAUAAAAUAAAAACGGGACAUAUUUUAAAAUACA